GAAUAUUGAUGCUUCAACUACCAUAUCCAAGUUUACAAACACACAGAUCACAGAACAUUACUCUACCUGUAUCAAGCUUUCUACUGAAAAUAAAAUCACCACUAAGAACGCUUUUGGCUUACAUUUGAUUGAUUUCAUGUCGGAGAUUCUUAAGCAGAAGGACACAGAACCAACGAACUUUAAAGUGGCUGCUGGCACCUUGGAUGCCAGCACCAAGAUCUAUGCCGUUCGUGUGGAUGCUGUCCAUGCUGAUGUUUACAGAGUCCUUGGGGGGCUGGGCAAGGACGCACCGUCUCAGGAGGAAGAGGAGAGCCGUGCAGAUGGAAGUGCUGUUGAACCAGGAACAACUAAAAAGGCUGCCAAGCCAAAGAAGAAGCCAUCCUGCAAAACCAUCGAGCAGAACCUAAGCAACAUCAAUGUGUCUGAAGCAGAUCGAAAGUGUGAGGUGGAUCCUAUGUUUCAGAAGACUGCAGCCUCCUUUGAUGAGUGCAGUACAGCUGGGGUAUUUCUCUCCACCCUUCACUGCCAGGACUAUAGAAGCGAGCUGCUUUUUCCUUCUGACAUGCAGACUCUCUCCUCAGGAGAACCUGUGGAAUUGCCAGAUUUAGGUUGGGUAGACAUGACAGAUUUAGAAGCGACCCUGCAGCAGUGUGUGGAGGACCGCCAGCUCUGCCCUUCCCUGGCCGAGUUCCAGUUUACUAAAUGGGACAGUGAAACACAUAACGAGUCUGUGUCGGCCCUGGUAGACAAGUUUAAGAAGAACGACCAGGUAUUUGACAUCAACGCUGAGGUUGAAGACAGUGACGAAGGGGACGUCCCUGACGGGCCCGUGGUGGAAGACUUUGAUGACAACGAUGAGCGAGACCCUGCUGCAGCUGGGGACCAUGAGGAGUUGGGGAGCUGGAAGGAACUCUGCCAGGUCCAAAGCAGCCGGGAAGAAGUUAUUUCCCUCGGGGACAGCAACGUCCAAACCAUGUGCUCCCUUUUAUCCAUGAAACCUGGAGAAUACUCCUAUUUCAGUCCCCGGACCAUGAAGAUGUGGGCUGGCCCAGAUCACUGGCGCUUUCGGCCUAGACCCAAGCAAGACACUGCCUCCUACGUGGAGAACAGAAAGAAGAGUGCAAAGAAAGACUUCGAAAUUAAUUUUGAUGAUGAUAUUGAUUUUGAUGCAUAUUUUCAGAAAACAAAGGCUGCUACCACUCUGACCAAGUCCACUUUGGAGAACCAGAAUUGCAAAGCUACCACUCUUCCCACAGAUUUCCACUAUGAAGCUGAUACUCUGGUCCAGCUUCACCUCAAACCAGGCAUAAGGUUACUCAAGAUGGGCCAGGACCAGCAGGCAAAGACUGAGCACUAUGAGGAAAUCGAAGACUAUGACUACAACAACCCUAACGACACCUCCAACUUCUGCCCUGGACUUGAGGCUGCUGACAGUGACUGUGAAGAGUCAGAUGAUUUAUUUUCGGAACCAGUUAGGACCUUUGACCUCGAAUCUGAUCCUUGCUGUACGCAGAAGAAUGUACAGGAGAAUGGUCACAUUUCUUCUGAAAGCCAAGGAGCAGAUAUCACAACUUACGGAGAGUCGAACUUGGUGGCUGAGCCUCAGAAGGUGAAUAAAAUAGAAAUCCAUUAUGCCAAGACGGCCAAGAAGAUGGACAUGAAGAAGCUGAAGCAGAGCAUGUGGGGCCUGCUGACAGAGUUCUCCAGAAAGGAGGCUGACACAGAGGUAAACCACAGUGUCAAUGGCAAAGAAGGGGCCCCUGAGGAGGUGGCUGAUGAGAAGAUGCUCAGUGGACUCACGAAGGACCUGCAGAAGAGGCUGCCCCCACUCAUGGCUCAGAAUCUCUCCAUACCCUUGGCUUUUGCGUGUCUUCUGCAUUUAGCCAAUGAAAAGAAUCUGAAGCUAGAAGGCACAGAGGAUCUUUCUGAUGUUCUUGUGAUGCAAGGAGACUGAGUCCACUUUGAGACGUCUGCAGUGGGAGGCCCAUUGCAUCCUAGAGGCGGUGGAGAGAUGCUGGGGUUGUAGUGUGGCUGUAGCCGGCAACUACCACAGUGCUGUGGCUCUCCCCUCUUGCCACCUCAGCUUGAAUGCCACGCUCUGAAGCUCCAUGCUGAUGGAAG